UAAUAAGAGAAUCAUUUAAAAGCCGCGAAAAGUUAUUAGAAUUCCGCGCAAAAUUGGUCUUUCAAGUAAAUUUAUACGGGCUCAUUGCUAUGGAUAAGUUCGUGAUAAGACAUAGGCCAGCUACACCUGUUGAGGUUGUGGAGAGUAGCAGCAGCAGUGGCAGCCCCAGCAGUGAAACCAAACAGCAACGUAGUAAGAAAAAAGUCGCAGCAAGAAAAUUUCGCCAUGCAUGGCUAGACCAAUUUCCUUGGUUGCAAAAUGUCAAUGGGGCAAGCCAUUGUAUGGCUUGCGACAAAAAGUUGUCGAACCAUGUCACUUAUUUAAAGAAACAUGGUUCCUUGGCCGUACAUUUGCAAAACGUGGAAAAAAAGAAAAAACAAAUACAAAUCCAAAAGUUUUUGAGUAGCGAAGAAAUAGCGCUAUCUAGACAAGUAAAAUACGCUGAGCUAACACUUGUCAUGUUCCUUAUUUGCCAUAACUUACCAUUCCUUCUUAUGGAUUUUUUACCAGCGCUUCUAAAGGAGUGUUGCCCUGACUCUAAAAUUGCUGCGGCUAUUCAAUGUGGCAGAACGAAGUCAACCGAAAUUGCUGACAUUUUGGGCAACAAAGCCAAAGAUAAAAUCGUAUGUAAAUUAAAAUCGUCAAAAUUUUCCCUCAUUGUGGAUGAGACAACUGAUUUGUCUACAAAGAAAUGUUUAGUCUUAGUUGUAAGAUAUUUUGACAAACUAACACAAAGGGUACAUGAUUCGUUUUUAAGCUUAAUUGAAUUAAGAAAUUGUGAUGCAAGUUCCAUUUAUGAUGCAAUCAAACAGUUUUUUUGUGAACAGGGUAUUCCAUUAAAAAACAUAAUCGGUUUAGCCACCGAUGGUGCCAACGUAAUGGCGGGACAACUUAAUGGUUUAAGGGCAAAGCUUAAGCCCGAUACUGAUCUUUUUUAUAUUAAAUGUACCUGCCAUUCGUUACACCUAUGUUCGGCGUAUGCAAGUAAACAGCUUCCUCACAAAAUUGAAGAGCUCUGUCGCAACAUUUUUAGUUUUUUUUCCCAAAGCCCAAAACGUGUUGAAGAGCUAAAGGAGUUUCAGGAGUAUUGUAUGGUACAACCACAUAAAAUAUUAGGCGCUUCCUUAACAAGAUGGCUUGCUUUAGAACAAGUUAUCAAUAGGAUAGUUGAACAAUGGAACCCACUAUAUUUAUAUUUCUUAGACCGAGUUUUAGAAGUUAAUGGAAUUAAAGCUUCCGUAUUGGCAAAAAAAAUGAGUGAAUUGGACGUGAAAGCAUAUUUUCUGUUUUUGUCAUAUAUAUUAAAAAUUAUUAAUGACCUUAACAAAGAGUUUCAAUCAGAAACGGUUCGCUUACCGUAUUUGUACACGCAUUUGGAAAUGAAUGUAAAGCUCAUUGCAAGCAAUUUUUUGAAGCAUGAGUACGUCAAAAAUUUACCCUCAUUGGAAAGCAUGAAUAUAACCAAUGAAAGUAAUUAUUUACCUUUAGAAAAUGUUUUUAUUGGUUGUAAAGCAGAACUUUAUUUGAAACAAAGUUCAAU